CUUGGUGUAGCACAGAAAUUAGCGUUUGUGUGUUCGAAACAUGCAAUACAAUACAUCCGCAUUGUGCUUUUGAAAUGACGCUUGACUUGAAUCCACGAUAUGUGAUUAAGAUGGACAGCCACUGCUUGUUCUUCACAUUUUAAUGAGGAAUGACGCCAUAUGAAGGGGAGCAUGAUGAUGAUAUUGAUGAUGUAGGCAAGCAGGGAGGAGUAUGGGAGGCCAUUCCAGCACUGAGCAUCAUCACCCACCCACAGUCUAAACACGACACUCCACAGUCGUCCUCUCCAUACAGGAUCCACCAGAAGUUGAUUCGACAAACAAAUAUGACGCAGCAGGUGUGGGCGAGAUGUGCUGAGGCGAGCCGGCCUGUGUAGUGUCGACACCGUGUGGGAGAUGAAGACGGUUCUUCCGGUGAGCGGAGGUAGUGAUGGCGGGGAGUCCCACAGGCUCCGCUCAAAGGUAGGCAGGAUGAAGAAGCUGCUCGGGCUGAGGCUGAAUCGUUGCGUGGACGCCCAUGUGGACACGGAACCUGGCGUGUGGCUUCGGAGCUUCCAGUUCUUGGAUACCGAUGGGCAGUGUGAGGAUCCAGUGCAGGAAUGGGGGGAGGAGGAAGAAGAUGGUGUUGUGUUUGGCAUCACACUGCGUCGGGAGCCUGCCCUGCCAAGCUUGGACAUGGCGGAUGCCUGCGUGGGCUUCAGCAAUUCCCAGUACCGCACAGUGAAGUUGCGCAGAGUUAAAGCCGGCACCCUUGAGCGACUGGUCACCCACCUGCUGGAUCCCAAGCAUCGGGAGCCUGACUACGUCCAUGUUUUCCUGUCCACCUACAGAACCUUCACCUCUCCAAAUAAUUUCAUUCAGCUACUCUUUCAGAGAGAUGACUCAAACACCAGUCAUGAUAAAAUUGUCUCCUCGCAAAGUGCUUUACUCCCAGUGAUCAAAACAUGGCUGAUGGAAUACAGCGCCGACUUCAAUGAGCCUCCUCAGUUCCAGGCCCUGCGGCAGUUAUGUGUUCACCUGCGACGUCGCCUCUGCUUUAGACGCUUGGCUCAGACUGCGGAGAGCCUUCUCAAGUCGCUCCAGGAACAAGAUUGCAGCCAGUCUGCAUCAGUGGACGACACCGACUCACUGCAGCGGGACCACAGAGAGCUGCUCUGCAAUGAGGAAGACAAACACAUCUUUAUGAACUUCCCUGUCAGGGACUUAGCGGAACAGCUCACCAGAUUGGACAUGGAACUGUUUGUCCAAGUGGUGCCUUUCCACUGCCUGGGCUGUGUGUGGUCUCAACGGGACAAGAAGGAAAACCGGAAUCUGGCACCAACCAUCCGUGCCACCAUCUCCCAGUUCAAUGCCGUGACCAACCGUGUCAUCACUUCACUGCUUUGCCCGUCCUCUCUGUGCCCCUCCACUUCCUCUCCAAUCUCAUCACCUGGCUCCUCUUUGAGGUUCCUUUACCCUUUGAGUGGUCCAGGUUCACCUCAGCCCCCUCACACCAGUCCUUCCCGUAGAGCAUGCAUCAUUGAGUGGUGGAUCAGUGUUGCACAGGAGUGCAGGCGAUUGAAGAAUUUUUCUUCCUUGCGGGCCAUCCUCUCAGCCCUGCAGUCCAACGCUGUGUACCGCCUCAAGAAGACCUGGGCGGCUGUCAGCAAGGGAAGCAUGGCCGCCUUUGACCAUCUGUGUGAGACGUUUCCUGAUGAGAACUGCGUGCUGGCCACCAGAGAGAUCAAGAAAGAGGAUGGGAUUCAGUCAGAGGGUUGCAUUACUCCCAGCUCAAAAUCACCACCUUUCUGUUCCAAACAAAUGCAGAAAGGUGGUAUCAUACCUUACCUGGGCUCUUACCUGACUAUGCUCAUGAUGCUGGACACAGCUUUCACUGACACUGUGGAGGGUGGACUGAUCAACUUUGAGAAGCGCAGGCGGGAGUUUGAGAUUCUCGCUCAGAUUCGACAGCUUCAAGCUUCCUGUUCCCACUACCAACUUCCCGUCGACCCUCACAUCACCAACUGGCUGGAGACACACACACUCCUCACCGAUCAGGAGAGCUACGAACUGUCUCGUGAGCUGGAACCUCCUAUUGAUCCUUGUCCCAGCUCCCCCAACCUGUGGAGCAGUCGACUGCUGACUAAGAAGCUCACUUCAUUGCGCAAAAGCAGCGACAGUUCUCUGGAGAAGACUCACGCCGACCAGAUCAGCGUGUCAUCUUCCAGCUCCAGCAGCUCAGACAUGGACGACCUCAGCGCCUCCCCACUCGGACUCAAACUCAAGUCCCUCUCCAGCUCUCUGCACAACGUCACCGAGGGCUACGCUUCCAUGUCCUCCUCCUCCAGUCUCUGCAGCUCCCCCUGCAGCUCCUCUCACCCGGACCUGAGUUGCUCCUCCAUGGCGCCUAGCCCCGACUCCCCCGGUAUCUCCACGCUGUCUGUGCUGCCAGUCUACAACAAACAGCUUGCUGACUCGUGCAUCAUCAGAGUCAGCGUGGAGUGCGUCAGCAAUGGCAAUGUCUACAAAAGCAUUCUGCUGACCAGCCAGGAUCACACACCUCAGGUCAUUCAGAGAGCUCUUGACAAACACAACCUUGGCAAUUUCAACUGUCAGGAUUUCAGCCUCUGCCAGAUGCUCAACAACGGAAAAGAGCUCCACAUUCCUGACAAAGCCAACGUUUAUUACGCUAUGUGUACGAAAGCCAACUAUGACUUUGUCCUGCACCAACGCUGGAGAAGCCACGGUAGACAUCAGGGCUCCUCCUCCAAGCCCUGGAGCGCAACCCAGGUUCCGCCACACUAAGUGAAAGGCAUGCGUCCUAGCUAAAACAGAAAACCACACCCCAAAACAAAAACAACCUGUUCUGGAUCUUUUCUUCUCGACUAUUUUUCAUGGAUUGGAAGAACAGAACAUGGAUUAAAAGUACACACAGUGCUUGAAUGAAUGGAUGUUGGUGCAACUUCCUAAACCUUCACUGCAGCUUCAUCCAAGCAACCAUGGUAACGCCAGAACUGCGUCACCUCAGCAAGCUUUAGGCUGUCUUUGUAAGGAUGGAUCAGACUGGACCUUUUUGCACAGGUACACUCAAGUAUUCUCUCAAGAGGACAGGAAGUAGAAGCGCUCUGAGACAUAGCUCACAAGGCAAUGUGCAAUAUCUGCACGCUUUCUUCGGAUUUUAAUAUUUAGUCACCUGUCUUUCUUUUUAAAUGUUAAUUUAUCAACUAAACUCUCAUGUUGACGUCAGUAUUCUGAUUCACAGCAUUAUUUGUUUUAACUAUGUAUUUGAAAUCUCCAUGAGACAGUUUUAGUACAAAGUCAAUGUUGAAGUUCAUGUGUGCCAUUGUCACAUGAAGGAGACCAUGUGGAUGAUCAAGGUCGUCCGUUCAAUAUGAAGAACGGUUCUCGUAUGUGAAAGUGCAAGUGUCCGAGUAUGUGUGUUGACAUGUCAAAUGAUGCGGAAGUGGAAUCAGUGCACCGUGAUUCACAUCGCUGGUCAGCGUUGUGUUGUGUGCACGGGUCAACACGGGGUCAGGCUUGACAAUGACUCAUGUGGAAGAGCUAGAAAUGAAACAGGAAGUUGUUUUGUUUCUCUCCUGUCUGUGUUUUAUAUAUGUAGUGACGUCAUAUGUGUUACUGUUUGCACAUCUUUUUAUUUAAGGUCAUCAAAUGAUAUACAUUUUUAUCUAUGCACUUACUGUUUUGAUGUUAAUAUGAAACAUCUGCUAAUAAAGACAUUUUAUUAUUUAUCAUAAUGCUGGGAAUGGAAUUUGAAAUUAGGUCAAAGUGCAACAUUUUUUUAUUGAGCCUCUGAAAAUCUCAUUGUUGGAUUAUGAGAACACUACGGUUGUCAAAUGAUUAAUGUUUUCAGUUAGUUUAAUCACCAUUUGCAACUGUUUGAAAUAUGUCCAUUUUAUGAACAGAAAUAUUAUUGAUAUUGGUAUUCUUGAACAGCUCCAAAUGACCUGAAAAUGAAUCUCAAGCUGCAAAUACACACAAAGUCUCUUUAACGGUAGCACAACAUUUGAAUCACACUGUAAACGGGUUAUUAUGAGGUGUUGUGUUCAAAGACACUGCGUAAUUUAAGUACAGUUUCCAUUUUGAAUGUAUUUUGAGGGAUUUCUGAGCAUACUUAGGCGCUGAUAAGAAUGUCCACUUAGUCCUUUAUUUUAUGACAAGCAAAUGUUAUGCAAAACCUGAAGGUGUUAUGCGCUAAAAGCAAUAAAUUAGAACCCAAACGCAUGGAAAUGAAUGUCUAUCAUUAAACACAUGAUUGAUAAACAAAAC